GUUCCUAGUUCUUUCAGUGGCCACCCGUUCGACCCCAAUAAAAGGCUUUCGGACUCGCUUUAAAACCAUUCUUCCCGCCCAGGUGGUGCCGCUCCUUUUUACAAACACUUUAUUUACAUGUCCACUAUCAGCGCUCCUCGUCGCGUUCCAAAAGGUCGUCGGAUCCGCAAACUUCCUCCCACCAAGGUUCGCAAUGCCCGUACAGUUAGACCCAGAGCCACUAGCACUUCCUCACGAGAACCUUUGACAAACUCGUCCAACGCCACGACGUUGCACAAGACCUUCGUCCGACGCGUAAUAUUGUUUUGGAAACGCAUCAAGGAACCAAAGCGUCCCCGUCAUUCCAGACGCUUUUCCUUCAUCCCUCCUGGGUUUGUCACUGUAGAUCCGGCCCAAUUCACCAAAUCCGCAAGGCGCCGUGCUAUCUACGUGAACUUCUGACGAUUUGCGUUGCUUAAACAAAAAUGACGAAUUAUUAGUUUUUAUGACUGCAGCGCAUUUCAUACCACUAUGCAUGCAUUGUAAACCAGUGUAAACCACACAUUCACGAAUUGUUCACGAAUCUAUC